GAUAGCCUGCGUGCUGCUCAUCCGUUCGCAGGGCACCUGUCUCUCCUUCUACUUUAUUCGUGUGCAUUGCAGUCGUUUCUCGAGCAAACACGCUUGCUGAGUUUUUUAAGCAAACCGCCUAGCAGUUCUCAUGACGUGAGGAGCUUCGCGUAAUCGAUCUCAUCCGCUGCCGUGGGCGUCGCGCCGCAGUGUCAAACAGGAACUGUAGCCGCUGUCUUUCAUCCGAGCGCACAAAGGUGAGACGCACCGUCAGCCAUAUUACUGCCGCAGGACUCCGUUCUCGGUACCGCGGAGGGAGGGGAGAUUUUGGGCUGAAGCUUCGCCGACUCACCGCAAACUCACCUGCUCUGUGUCUGUGGAAAGAUCCGAUUAUUCUGACACUUUGACAAGAGAUCUACAACUGGACUCAAAAUGCCGAAACCUGUCAAUGUUCGCGUCACUACGAUGGACGCUGAGCUGGAGUUUGCCAUCCAGCCCAGCACAACUGGCAAACAGCUCUUUGACCAGGUGGUGAAAACCAUAGGCUUACGUGAAGUAUGGUACUUCGGACUACAGCAUAUGGACAGCAAAGGCUACCACACAUGGUUGAAACUUGAUAAAAAGGUUUCGUCUCAGGAGGUGAAGAAAGAAAACCCUCUACAGUUCAAGUUCCGCGGAAAGUUCUUCCCAGAAGAUGUGGCGGACGAGUUGAUCCAAGACGUCACUCAGAAGCUGUUCUUCAUGCAGGUGAAGGACGGCAUCCUCAGCGAUGAGAUCUACUGUCCUCCGGAGACCGCCGUGCUUCUGGCCUCAUAUUCUGUGCAGGCCAAAUUUGGUGAUUUCAGCAAAGAACUUCACAGGCCAGGAUACCUGACAUCAGAUCGCCUCCUGCCCCAACGGGUUUUGGACCAGCACAAGUUGUCACGUGACCAGUGGGAGGAGAGAAUCCAGGUGUGGCACGAGGAGCAUCGUGGAAUGCUGAGAGAGGAUGCAAUGCUGGAGUAUUUAAAAAUCGCCCAGGAUUUGGAAAUGUACGGCGUGAACUAUUUCGACAUCAAGAACAAGAAGGGGACAGAGCUGUGGCUGGGUGUGGAUGCCCUGGGCCUGAAUAUCUAUGAGAAAGAAGACAAACUGUCUCCGAAAAUCGGUUUCCCCUGGAGCGAAAUAAGAAACAUCUCCUUCAACGACAAGAAGUUUGUCAUCAAGCCUAUCGAUAAAAAAGCUCCGGAUUUCUUGUUCUACGCCCCACGUUUGCGCAUUAACAAACGCAUCCUGCAGCUGUGCAUGGGGAACCACGAGCUGUACAUGCGCCGCAGGAAGCCGGACACCAUCGAGGUGCAACAGAUGAAAGCACAGGCACGAGAGGAGAAACAACACAAACAGAUGGAGAGAGCUCAGCUGGAGGGCGAGAAGAAGAGACGAGAGGCCAUCGAGAGAGAGAAAGAGCAGAUGGAGAGAGAGAAACAGGAUCUGAUGAUGAGACUUUACCAGUUUGAGGAAAAGACCAAAAAAGCAGAAAAAGACUUGCAGGAACAGAUGCACAGAGCCAUGCAGCUGGAGAACGAACGGAGACAUGCGGAGGAAGAGGCCAUCAAACUGGAGGCUGAGAGACAGGCCGCCCUGCUCGCCAAAGAAGAACUGGCCCGACAUGCUCAGGACCAGAUGAAAGGUCAAGAACAGCUGGCCGCUGAGCUGGCAGAACACACAGCACGCAUCGCUCUUCUGGAGGAAUCCAAAAACCGCAAGGAGCAGGAGGCGAUGACGUGGCAGCACAGAGCGCAGGAGGCCCAGGAAGACCUCAUUAAGACCCGCGAGGAGCUUCACAUGGUGAUGACGGCACCGCCUCCCCCUCCACCACCACCCGCGUACGACCACUAUGUCAACGACAUGGAGGACGGGGAGGAGAGCACCAGCACUUACAGUGCAGAACUGCAGAGCGAAGGAUUCAAUGACCACCGUUACGAAGAACAGCGAAUCACGGAGGCGGCCAAGAACGAACGAGUCCAGAAACAGCUGAUGGCUCUGACCUCAGAGUUGGAAGAGGCUCGCGAUCACACCAAGAAGACGACGAACGACCUCCUGCACACGGAGAACGUCCGCGCCGGCCGAGACAAAUACAAAACUCUCCGGCAGAUCCGCCAGGGCAACACGAAACAGAGAAUCGACGAGUUUGAGGCCUUAUAAGAGGACGGGCUUUCUGUCCUUGAGUCUGAGUGGUGAAUGCAAAAGGCAUAAUCUGCGUUAGACUACACACACGUGCUACAAAAAUACAUGAGUUUAUUUUCAUACGAGAGCACUCCUUCAACGUGCACUAAGAACUGAAACAUUUUAGACUUUUCCAAUAAUGCACAUGAAAUAUUGUCAUUAAAUACACUUUACAGUAAGGUUGCAUACAUUAAUGUUGAUUUUUUUUUUUCACAGCGUUUAUAUCGAUUCAUUUAGUAAUAUCGCUUCAUGUGCAUACAAAUGGGAAUGUUUGUGUAUGUUGAAGUUGUCAUCAACCUAUAUGAAUAAAUGCUGUGAAAAGAUCAUUCUCUUCAUUGUUAGGUCACGUUUUUUACAGUACGGUUACAAACACAACCUUACUGUAAAGUGGUCCACCGUUGGGUUUAUUCACAGGCUGUGCUGAAAUAAAUCUUCUGAAGCGAAUGAUUUGUAAACGUGCCAACAAUGCCUCCCCUUUUUGGUAAUAACUGGAUCGUUUGGUAUUGGAUGAUCUGAGCAAAUUCUAGUUUUAUCCAGUUAAGGGUUGUAAUUUCUAUUUUUCUUUUUGUUUGUUUGUUUUUUUGAUCCACUCAGCGCAGGGUUCGGCAGUAUAAUCUCAACUCUUUUAUGUAUUGACUUAUUAAAACUUUCAUUCAUGUUGAAUAUGACUUUUGCCAGGCAUUUUAUUAUAGUGUUUAUUUAUUCAGUUUUUGGGAUAUUUAAGAGGUAUUUUUUUGGCUUCUCUACUAAUAACAGUACAGGUUUAUAUUUAUUGGUUCUGUACUGACCACCAAAUAAUGAUUAAUAUUCUUAAAUCUACUACUAGAUUGUUUGUUUAAAAGAUUAGUAAAUUAUAAUUUGUUUGAUACAUAUACAGUAUAUGGACUGUUGCAUGUAAAAUCAUUAGAAAUAACUAAAUUCAGAUUUAGAUUUAAUCCUGAUCAUCUCCAUAAAGAUCUGACAUAAAUUAAGACGAGCGUUUCUUUAUAUUUUAAUGAAACCUGAAAAUUAAACAAAUGGACAGUUUUGAAGGUACAGGCAUUCAGUGGUUGACAUAGAAAAGAGAAAAUGUCAUUUAUUGUUGCUGUGAUUGUGUUCUGCCACUUAGAAAAAGAAAAAAAUGUUGUUACGAAAACUGUAUUGUGGCUUUUACAUGUGUUCGUUUCCUCCAUAUGAAAAUAAUUCAUUGUUUUUCCCUAUUGAAAUCAAUUUUUCACAUACGAGCUGCUUUGGAAAUAUUUUUAUAAGACUCAAGGAUUCAUUCAUUCAUAAGCCUUUCACACAACUUUUUGCCUAACUGUGGGCUUAGUAACAUUUGACUCUUGUCAUCUUAAGGGGCGCUUUUAACCCUGGGACAUGAAACCCAACUGUGGUGCCAAAGGUGUAAAAUACAGUGCGAGUUACUAACCCAACGUGUGUAAAACAUGCUAACCCAGGGUCAAGAGUGAACAAUUUCAAGUGUGGGCAAAGCUCAUGAGAAUGUAUAUUAAAAACCGUAGGAAUGAUGGAGGCUCACAUCUGCAGGAUUAAUUUAUUUCCCCCCUGAGAAAAGCUGUUUAUUAUUAGAAAUAAAGAUUUGUGAAGACCA